AAAUGAACAACAAAACAGGAUCGGCAAAUUUUGCGCGAUUCAUGAAUUUGCCGAUCUUAUUCAUUUCGCAUGAACAGCGAAAAAAAAAUCAUUUCAUUUCUUAAAUAUAGGAUAUUCUAUUCACUGCAUUCAACGUGUUAAGGUUAUUUUUCAUAAACAAGGUUAGAUCAUAUACCGAUUGCAUUACACUGUGUCGUCUUAAGUUACAUAUUUAAACUGUGAAUGUCAUUGUUAAACUUUAUCGUAUUUUGAAUAUUUUAUAAACAGUACAAAAAGUCAAUGUGUACAUUACUCAAAACAAGAUAAAACAGAUAGUGUACUACAUAGCGACAUUUUACUGAAUUUGAAGGACUACUUCCGCUUAUCGACACUUUUUAUGAUGUAUACUGUGUUUAUAUUAUUGCAUUAGUAGACAAGCGAUACUUAUUACUCGAAACUUCUCAAAGACCAUUUGUUUAUAGUUCACAAUAUGAAAUGACAAUAAAAAUUAAUUAGACAAUACAUUUAGUUUACAUUAUUGUAUAUUUCUGGACGUUAUCCUGGAAAGAUGAUCGUGUUACAUUUCACACCUAUGAACCAUUCAUGGAUUAGCUACUGCAGUGACGAAUGAUAAAAUACUACAAGAUGAUGGAAGUAGAACAACAGUUACCAUGGGAUGCAGCUAUAGAUGCUGAAGAUGUAGAGGAAGGUUUUCAGGGGUUUUGGGAAGGCCUAAAACAGAAACUUGAUGAAGAAUUGACUCAAGCGGAACUUAAAAGGGUUAUACUUUUAAUGAAAGACAAAAUUGGAAAAGAAAUUAUGAACAGAUCUGAGAUUGAAAAUCCUAGUGAUCUUCUUAAUGUACUCGAAAAUAAUAUGCUGACUGAGGAGGCCUUGUCCACAGUUGAGCACGUUUUUAAUAUAAUGGACCAUCACCCUGAAUACUCAGAUAGAAGUUUUGGGCAAAUAAUCAGAGAUUAUAUGAUUGCAAGGAAACGAUUUGGAUGUCCAAACAUUAUUGGACGAGAACAAGAAAUACAUGAUGCUAUCAAAAGAUUAGACAGUUCACGUUAUAAAGGUAUAUGGAUUCAUGGAAAUGGAGGUCUUGGAAAAACAUUACUAGCAAAUGAAAUAUGUGCAAGACUCUUGUAUUCACGUAACAGAAAAAUUAUUUCCGUUGAUCUAAAGCAAGUGACGAGCACUGGCGACUUUUUACGAAGACUUCUAGCCAACUUCACGGUGUAUAUAAUUCCAUCCGAUACAGAAAGUUUGACGAACGAACUUUUACACCACCUUAAGACCAUUUCAAAAGACACAUGUAUAUUACUGGAUAACAUAGAAGACGUAUUUCAGUCUAACAGAGAAGAAGUUCUUCACAUUUUACGAAGAUGCCUUGAUAGUCCAGCAUACAUGCCAAUUAAAUGGAUUGCGACAUCCAGAAUGGCAAUCGGAGCUGAUACUGAAAUCAAGGGAAUGGAACAAGUAGAACUGCUACCACUCGAGAGAAAAAGCGCGGAGACAUUGUUGAAGCUUUCAUUACGGCCAAUUGAGUUAACAGAAAAACAAUGCCAAACACUUCUUGACAUAACUGGCGAAGUUCCACUUGCCAUUCGGCUGUUGGCAUCUACUGUGAAGUCGUGGGAGCCACAGAAUGUCUCUGACGACAUGCUGAAGUCAUUUUGCAAUGCACAACUGCAGAACGUAAUGAAGGGAUGUAUUGAGUAUUCGUAUAAGUCUCUGAAAGAAUCGGAGAAGCAACAACUUCGUUUGUUAUCUGUUGUGGAAACAUCUCAGUUCGGCACUGAGAUAGUGAAAGCUGUACUAGAAAUUGAAGAAGAAGAAACACUUUCCUUGAUGAUGAAACUAACUAAUCGACAGAUUAUUCAAAGAGUAUAUACCGGACAAAAGGAUAUGCAAUAUUGCCUCCAUCCUUUGAUAUUCGAAUAUGUACAUAAUCUUCCGAAGUACGACCGAUUCUCCGAGCAGGCCCAAAACAAUUUUUGUAAGCAUAUGCUUCAACGGAUGGAACCAUACAUAGCAAAUGUAGAUAGAAACUACGCGGAGGCAGUCUCGAAAAUUUCAACCGAUAGGCCAUUAUUGAAAGUUUUGUUCCACGUUCUUUCUAAGCGGGAGAAUGAUGAAAACGAUUUACUUUCGGCAAAUAAAAAUAGAUAUCUGAGUAAGCUGCAAGAGAUUCUUCAAAUGACACGCUUAGAAAAGGAGCAACUUUACAAAAAAAUAACUGAACAAAUGAAAUCUAAUGGUAGACAACACUCAUUUGUGUUUUGGAAACUUGAAGAAAUACGGAUGAUGGUGGACUGUGGACUGUUUUCUAAGGCAGAAGAAGAAAUUUCCAUUCUUGAGACCACACUUUUUAAUGAGAUAAGUGAAGACGAUACUAGUGUAGAUCUAAAAGGGCGUUUCUGGUACGUCAGAGGACGACUUUGCCGUUGUAAACAGGAAAAACAACUUCAUACAGCUAUCGAAUGUUUUAAGAAGUCGCUGGAUAUCUAUCAGAAGAUACAAAAUGUCCCUGAGGCUGCGAUUGCUUUAAAUGCUAUUGGAAACGCUUACUUUGACUCGGGGGACUAUGACAACGCGUUGCUUUAUCAUAACGAAGCCGCGGAUAGGUUACGAAAAUUUUCUUCCGGCAAUAUACAUCCAGAUAUAGCAGUGUAUGAAUUUAACGUUGGUACCAUAUAUCUGGCAAAGGCACGUCAAGAAAUUUCAAUUUAUAAAUGUGUCACUGAAGAUGCAAGCAAAUACUUCAAACAAGCCCUUAAAAUAUUCGAAGAUUCUAUGGCUAAAGAUGUCCAAAUGGGAGCAGAUGGAAUGCCAAGAUAUGGUAAUAAGCUGUCUGAGAAAGCAAAGGCUUUGUUUUAUCUGAAACAGUUUAAAGCAGCAAUAAGUGAUAUGAAAAGAUCGCUUGAAAUAAAAAUAGCUCCGUUCAAAACACCUGAUCGGAAUAUAACAUUAGCAUACUACAAUACAGGGAGGACAUUUCUACUUUGGCGUGAGGAAGUAAAAACUGAUGCAGAAAAUGCAAAAUUGUUGUUGAAAGAAGCUGUACUUUGCUUCCGGCAUGCAGAGGAAGAAAUAAGAUCUGACGGUAGAGCCAGUUUAACUGGAAGGGAUAAGUCCAGAUUCAUUUCUUUGUAUAAGCAGAUUGCGAAUGAAGUGAAGAAAGACGAAGCGAAAAUCAUAAAAUUGUUUUGUGAGCGUUUUGAAAGAGGUGUAACAUUUGAUUCGUCGGCAUCAUCAGAAUCAUCCACCAGCUCGGAAACAGCAAGCCCAUCAAGACAGGAAAAUUCUGACACAGAUGAGGGUAUACAAAGUGAUGACAACAUCAAUGAUGGGGCGGCAGUCUCUUUCGCCGGAAUUUCAAGUGUAGAAACACAGAAAACAGAGGCUAUGCAGUUCGAGCAAGAUUUUUUCUCUAAAAUAAACACGCAGUUGACAGGUUCUGAAAUAAGAAAGAGGAGACGUUCUUCUUCUUCUGAGUCAGACUGAUUAAUAUAGUUUGGAAGCACGGCUUCAUAUCACUUCUUUAUCCUUAGUGUUUUAGAUGAAAAUUGUUACGAAAAUCAGAUUUUGUGAAAUCUAUUCACACAAUAGCCUAGUGAUAGAGCUUGAUAUUGCUUCUUAAGUAUAUUUAGUUUAGUCAAACAUAUUAUUAUAAAAAGAACAUUUUGAACUUGUAUUAUUGCAAGUACAAUUUCGUUUAAUUUUGCGAGUUACUCUGUCAGUCUUGUUUAAAGAGUUUUAAAUAUAUAAUAUAUUUAGGUUUCAUCAUCCAGGUGGAUAUUUAUUUAUGAUACUGGUGCAUUAAGAAAUAUAAGGAUUUAUUUAUUACAUUUCUGCAGUAAGAACUUUAAGAAUCUAUUUAUUAUAUCUUCGAAAUAAGAAAUACAUGUAUAAGGAUUUAACCAUAUUAAUAUUAAAACGGUUUACCCAAAUACGUAAGAAGUCGUGCUAAAUCGAGUCUCAUCCCCCUACCCACCCCCUGCUCAAUAAGUAAUGAACAGUAUGUAACAUAUAACCGAAAAUACAAAAUGGAAAACGGUUUUAAACAAGAACAUUUGGAUUUUGAAGUAUGUUUAAUCAUGAUCCGAUGUCAUAUUCUGAUCACAGAAUGUCAAGUGCGGUUAUCUGUGUGGGAAACGCAAUUUAAAUCUCAGUAAUUCUCUUCUUUGUGUGACGUAUCAAGCAUUAAGGUGUAGAUGAUCAAGCCGCUGCGUGUACUGAAACUGUUUACACAAAAAUCACCGUAACUUUACAUUGAACAAUUUCAUUUGGUACGCGUUUGCAAUGUCAUGAUAUGAUUCUUGUUUACACAGACUGAAUUAAUGUGCUUCGUUUGCGUAAUAUCAUAACAAAAUGUUUAAAAGGAGUAAGAAAAUAAUAUUUGAAAUUUUAUGUAGAAAGGGUAGUGACGCAGAAUCUGUAAGGCUCGUCUUUCAUUUUUUGUUUUUAGUGUUGUUUUUUGAGAGGAGGGGGAGGAGGGUGUUGUUGUUUUGUUGUUAUUGUUGCUGUUGUUUUGGAGUUGUUUGUUUUUGUUUUUUUUUUGGGGGGGGGGGGGGUGUGAAAUAUUUAUAGAACUGUGUCAUGUGUCGCAUAGUGCGAGUGCAUUAAACUGUAUUACUUUGAAUUGGGAGCAAAAUGUUUAUUGCUGCUCUUUUGGAGCAAAUGUUACAUAUUUUAAUUUCUUUAUUAUGCUCCCAUAUGUCUGCAUUGUUGUAAUAUUUUUCCCGCCAUAACAUUAACUACAUGAUUUCCACAAUUUUCAUGUGGGCAACAUAAUAAAUUGUGAUUAUCAUAUAAUUCAUGCUUUUCAUGAUAUUUUUUAUAUGAAAAUACUCCAACUAAUCUCAUGGUUUUCCCUUCCCGCCAUUUGACGUAUACAUAUUAUAAAUGCCAUUGAAGUUGGUUAUUGUUUUUAAGAUAUUCUGCUGACGCAUGAUACGGACUUCAUUGUAUUCACUGUCGUAUUUUACAGAAUUUAUAAUUAAAGGUACAUAGUCAAAUAUUAUAUUACUUAUUUAGGUUCUUAAAAUAUUCAUAGAGAGACGAAAUAUGAUUAUUAAUAAGCUGAUAACAUUGACAAUAAAAGGUAAAACCCAUGAAAUUAUUGCGGGUUGCAUGAAGGUAGAGCAAAUUUAUCGCGCAAUUAACACCAUAAACAAUAUAAAAAGGAAAUGGUAAAACUAACGUGUUCAUAUUAUUAAAAAAACUGGUUUUCUUCGUAUAAUGUGUGUCCAUACAUUUUCAAUAGCCUUCAUACCAUAUUUCCGCGCCCAUAUAUGGUAUAUGCGUGGUGUACUUAUCCCAUGAAAAACCGCAAGAUAUGUUGAAUAAAUUUACACCGAUUAAUAUUACUCCCGGAUGGGAUCUUGGAAUUUAAGUCAUAUCGAAACAACAAUAAACUUAAAAUGAUAAAAACGUUAAAUGUAUAAAAUUUCAUAAGACUUAAAUAAUACUUCCUUUCUUAGAAGAAAAUUUUAUUUGUAAAUAUUACACGUUGAUACAAAAAUCGGGAAGGGUUUACGAAGUAAAUACCGUAUUUUUCAACUGCAUACAUAUCCGUUUUAAUGAUUUAUCUCAGUGCGAUAUAUCUCUAAAAAAGUACAUAUGCAUUUUCAAUAAGAUGUAAACAAUUAUGGAAAUAAUCAGAUAUUACUUUGGCAAUACUUAUUGGACCUUUGUUCUCGUAGGUUUCGUGAGACAUUUGUUAGCAACAUAUUGUAAUUUCAUAUCGCUUCCAUAAGUUAAUAUAUCAUAUUUUUAUGUAUGUAAAAGAUAAAUCAUAAAGUAACUUACAUUAUAAUAAUAAACGUGUGAUAGUCUAAAACAACAAGUAAGAAAGCAUGGAGACGUUACGGUAAAAUAGAUCAGUUUGAGUCGUAUAAAGCAGUAAGAAAUGAAUACAAUUUUGAAAUCAAUCGUCAAAAGAGAAACACACUCAGUGAAAAGAUAGAGAACGCUAAAGAUAAUUCCAAGACUCUGUACGAAUUAGUAUUUGAACUAACUAGUACCGAAUCUGAAGAUCCAUUUUCUCAAGGAGAGUCUAUUAUUUAUUUGGGCGAAGAAUUCGCUGACAUUUUCAUGGAAAAAUCUCAAAAAUACGUCAGUUCCUAAGUGAAUACCAAAACUUUAAACCUCAAGUACUUAAGGUACAACAUUUAGACAAAUUUCCUGAAAUGGUUGAAGAUGAAGUGAAAAAACUCAUCAGUUAAUUGAAUACUACCUCUUCAAAGCUAGAUAUUUUACCAACACGUUUUCUGAAAUCCCAUGAAGACGAACUUCUCCCUAGUAUCACUAAAUUGGUAAAUCUCUCAUUGCAAUAAGGUGUUUUCCUGUGAAAUACAAACAAGCUCUUGUUAGACCUUUGCUAAAAAAACAGGUUUUGAACUAGAGCUUUCCAACUAUCGUCCUGUGAGUUUCUGUCAAAACUUAUUGUGAAAGCUGUUCUUUACAGAUUAAACAAACAUGUAAAUCUAAAAGGUAUUUUGCCUAAGAAACAGUUUGCAUAUAGAAAAUAUCAAUCCUGUGAACCUACGCUGCUUCGGUUGGUUAAUGAUCUUGUAAGUGGUACGGAGAAACAGGAAGUCACGACCCUUAUUGCAAUUGACUAAAGUGCGGCAUUUGACACUGUCGACGACGACAUUCUGCUAGAUGUCCAGCUCUUCAAUGGAUAGACUCCUACUUAAGGCCUCGUACUUGUAAGGUUAAUGUAAACAAUAUAUAUUCAUCGGACCGCCAGCUUGAAUGUAGUGUGUCCCAAGGCAGUUGCCUUGGACCUUUGCUUAUCUAACCUAUGCUGGAACUCUUUUUUGAUGUCAUUCCCAAUUACAUAUCAGUCUACAGUUUUGCUGAAUUUUUUACAAAUUCGAUUAACAUUGCUGGUGAUGAUAUCAAUUAGAUAUCUUGGUGCAUUUCUUGAAGAAACCUUGAACUUUAAAGAACAUGUAAACCACAAAUGUCGUACAGCCAUGUUGAAUUACCUACAAAUUGAGAACAUCCAAAAAUAUUUAACCAAAGCAGCCACUGAAAUUUGUUUUGUCUCUAGUUAUUACACAUCUGGAUUACUGCAAUGUCAUACUGUAUGGUGUAGCUAAAGGAAUGGUGCGUAAGAUACGAGGUAUUCAAAACAUAUGUGCAAAACUGGUCCCUAACAGGAGGAAAUUAAGCAGUACAGACUUACAUUCGUUGCCGAUGAAAGCAAGGAUUGAGUUUAAGAUACUUUCUUUCAUGUAUAGUUGGCAAAACACCUAUGUAUUUAACAGAACUGCUUACAGUGUAUGUUCCUAGUAGAUAAGGUUUGAAAUCUGAAUGUCGUUAUGUUGUUCCAAACAACAAGUGCAAAACAUUUAAUGGCAGAAAUUUCUGUACUAUUGGUCCAAAACUGUGGAAUGAACUGCCUUUAGCAUUACGCAAAAGUAAAUCAUUUGAUAUAUUCAAAAUAAACUUAAGACACUGUAUUUUAGAGCAUUCAUGGCAUUGUUUUAAAUUUUUUGAUAAUUGUUUUAUAUGCGAUAACAGCAGUUGUUAGUUUUUUUUAUUUUAUGUGAGUUUUACAUUUCAUUAUUAAUAUUUUCAGGUUUGUUAAGUUGAAUGUACAACGCCAUUGAAUAUGUCAUUUUAUAGAAAUAGUCGUUUAAUCAAAUAAAUCAGUUUCAGUUUUA